UCGUGUGUCUUCUUUAGUUUUGUCUGGACUUUGCAUGGUAUGAAUAAAUGGGGCAUUGUGGAUAUAGAAAAUAAGCAGUUGGCAAUGGCUAACACUACGGUUAAGCUGAUUCUCAUGGCAUUUCUAUUUUGCGCGGCUUCGGUUGCAGCGAGAAGAGCGAGGCUCUACCCCACAGGAUCUUCAGCUGGUACUGGCGGCAUCUGCAAAUCUUUGGUGGUCACACAAGGCUAUGCUUGCCAAGAACAUACAGUGACGACGAAAGAUGGUUACAUUCUCGGCCUUCAGAGGAUUCCAGCUUCGAGGUCCGGGCAGUCGGCUUAUAAGCCUCCAGUUCUUCUGCAACAUGGUCUCAUGAUGGAUGCUGUGACAUGGUUGAUGAACCCACCAGCCGAGUCGCUGGCCUUCAUAUUGGCAGAUGCGGGGUACGAUGUAUGGCUGUCCAACUCUCGGGGAACUAAUUCCAGCCUCCAGCACACGUCUCUCAGUCCUAGUGAUCCGGCAUACUGGGAGUGGUCCUGGGAUGAGCUAGUUGCUUAUGACAUGCCCGCCGUGCUUCAGCACGUGCGCAGCCUCACUGGCCAGAAUAUGCACUAUGUCGGGCAUUCCUUGGGAACUUUAAUUGCUCUGGCUGCCUUCUCCCACAAGGAACUGGUGAACAUGCUAAGAUCGGCUGUUUUGCUUAGCCCGAUCGCCUAUAUGAAUCAAGUGCCCUCCCCGCUGGCGAGAAGUGCUGCUCAGAUCUUCCUAGCUGAAGACAUCUACUGGUUAGGUCUCCAUCAAUUGAAUCCUAAAGGGGACGCUGUGAACAAGCUUCUAAAAGACAUAUGCAACAUACCAGGCAAUGACUGUUCAAACUUGAUGUCCGGCUUCACAGGCCAGAAUUGCUGCUUAAAUUCUUCUAGGUCGGAUGUUUUCCUCGAUCAUGAACCGCAAUCGACUGCAACGAAGAACAUGAUCCACUUGGCCCAGAUGAUCAGGACGGGAACCAUAGCGAAGUUCGAUUAUGGCAACCAAGACGAUAACAUGAACCACUAUGGCCAGCCAACUCCUCCAGUAUACAACAUGACGAGCAUCCCGAAUGAUCUCCCUCUUUACCUUAGCUACGGAGGGAAAGACCUGCUUGCCGAUCCCGCUGAUGUGAAAGUCUUGCUCGGUUGCUUUAAGGAUCAUGAUGGGGACAAGUUGGUGAUUCAGUACAGGGAAGACUAUGCUCACGCCGAUUUUGUCUUUGGCAUAAAUGCGGAUCAGGUCAUAUAUGAGCCUGUAAUGGCCUUCUUCCGCCUUCACUGAGGGUGGAACAGAACUCUCCCUAUACAAAUUUAGGAUAGAACUUAGGCCUCUCUCUCUAUAUCGG